UUAGGCUCAGUAAAAACGUCUUUCAACUAACCUGCAGAAACGAUUUAAACCGUCUGACACAAUAUGUUGAAAAUGACAGGAAUCUAAAAUAUUCCUUAAUGAUACAGCUGUUCAUACGUACUGUUGCCCUGUAGUCUGUAUGCAACUGUACACUAAUCCGGUUCAUAGUUAUUUGAUAUGAUGUACUUUGAAUUUAAAAUGUUAUCAGCAUUAAGUUCAAUCAUAACUUGAACUUUAAUCAAUGGGGCAGAAGCUGUCAUUCAUUGUGAAUUGGCCGGGCAGUCAGUUCUUAUGUAAACCAGGCCUGACUCAUGACUGAGUACUACGAGGAGGGGGGGCUGCUGUAUGAGCAAUCACCUCCCAUGCACAUAAAAGUGGAGUCUCCGGAGGGGCCCUUUGGAGGGGGAGUAUCAGAAGAUGGCUUCCCCAGGGAGGAUGAUGACUCCGAAGGUAGCUGUGACCAGAACAGUGGACUACCUGGGGGACUGCCUUUCAAUGUGGUAGUAGUGCAUCCCAACAUCAUGGCGCCAGGCAUGUCCUCUGAUGACCUCAUGUCCAUUGAACAAAAUAGAGGUAUGUCAGCUGCAUUGGCUGCCAGUGGUGCGGGUAAAAGAAAGAGUCGCUUCAGUGGAGCAGAGCUGGAGGUGUUGGUGUCAGAAGUGACCCGGUGUGAAGGGGAGCUAUUUGGUCCUGCAGGAAGGCUUCGGCGACGGGAGAGAGAACGCAUCUGGGCAGGAAUUCUUGAGAGAGUCAACGCUGUGUCUAGAGUUCCACGUACCCUCCGAGAGGUUAAGAAACGCUGGGAUGACUUGAAGAGACGUAAUGGCGGUAGGCUAGCAGAUGCACGCCACCGCAGCUGUUACCUACCAUCCAGUAGAUCGGCCUCAAUUCUUGGGCGGUCAACUCAGUCAAGCCCCAGGCUUCAACAGGCCAGGCAAAAGCAAAGCACCAGACCAAAGGCUAGUUUCCCAUGUUUCACUGACUCUGAUCCAGUUGGAGGAGGUGAAGGAUCAGAGCGAGAUGGUUUGGAGAAAGAUGAGGACAAUCCUGAGCGAGAAAGAGAGGUGGGAGAACCAGAAUGUGAGGGGGGAGAGAACAGCAUGGAGGACAAACUGGGAUUGGGACUUGGUUUGGGCAUUGGUCCCCCUCCUCCCUCAGAAAGAUGGCUCCCCCCGUCACCACUUUACAGUGCUCCUUUUCUCAAUGGCAGUCCACAACCUAGUCCUCAGCCAUCACUUGGAGCACAGCAGGGUCCCCUUGAGGCCCCACCACGUAGCUUGUGGCUUGAAGAUGAGCUCCGAGGGCUUGGGGAAGCAGCGAUUCAGCUUGGGGAUCGGGUUGAGAAGAGUCUGAGGGAUUUUGGGGACGGUUUCAGACGUGACAUGAGGACACUUGUUGCUUCCCAAGAGGCUCUAGCAAUCAGUUUACAACAGAACAAUGUCCUUUUGCAGAGGCUUUUAGGAGUGCUUGAGGCCCAGCAACAGCCACAGCCACAACAACAUCGUAUUCAACAGCCACACCAGCCACAAACAUCCCAACAGCACAUACCAACACAACCAUCUCAACAGCAGCUGCCACAUAUAGAACAACAGCAACAUCAACAACGGAUAGAAUCGCCUCAGCAAUCACAGGAAGAGACGGGGGUGCAUGGGUGA